AGUUAAUGUAGGCUUCAAGCGACCACGACUCAUGUACAGCUUCCCCGCAUCGGCCCACCAUCAUUAAAAAACGGGUCCUCACGCGAGAUGUACAGCUGUACAUCUCGCACGAACUUCCCAUUAGAUGGAUCCACCUCUUCCAGCGCGUCCACGCAAACGCCGUGCUAUCAAUGCAUGCAUCAGUUGCCGAACGUCCAAGGUCCGCUGCGAUGGAAACCGCCCCUGUCAACGAUGUGACAGGAAUAGUACAACCUGUCAGUACCAUGACGCAGUCAAGGAUGAGAACGUGUUGCGUAUCGAAAAGCUCGAGGAAGAAAUGGCCAUGAUUCGCGAGCACAUGCGUGUCCAACAAGGCCGGGACAAAAGCUCACUCGCGGAGCAUGCGAAUACAACAGUUCCCGACUUUGCGCUUCAUUCCCUACCUCGAUGCAACGCACCUGCCAUGCCAAUACGCAAUGCCGUUGAUGCAGGCAUAGUCACAUGGGAACAAGCAGCGAGUUGGUAUCAAAGCUUCUUUUCUGGUAGUGUAUGAGGGCUCCGAUUUAUCGUUUGAACCACACUAAAUGGCAUAGCAAUAUCUUGUACCCAUAUUUUGCGAGAAGACAGAUACCAUUGCAUCAGUGUCUUCACGGAGUCCGUGAGAAAUUCUCCAGUCCUACUCAAGG